GGAACGUCUGAAGGCAGCAUCAGCAGCAGGAGCUCCGGUGGAAACAAACCUGGACAUGAGCGAAGGAAAAGGUCCGGUUACCCUGAAAAUUAUCCUCAUAGGAAACUCUGGGGUGGGAAAAUCCUCCUUCAUGAACAGAUAUGUGAAUCACCGCUUCACCAACAUGUACCGAGCCACGAUAGGCACUGACUUCCUCUCCAAGACAGUCAACAUAGAUGAGGAAACGGUGACCCUGCAGAUCUGGGACACAGCAGGUACAGAGAGGUUCCAGUCUCUGGGUACACCUCUGUACAGAGGAGCCCACUGCUGCAUGCUGGUGUUUGAUGUCACAUCCAAGGCCAGUUUCUCCGCCUUGGAGUUUUGGAGGAAGGAGUUCCUGGUCCAGGGCGAGCCUCAGGACCCAUCUGACUUCCCUUUUAUUGUUUUGGGCAACAAGACUGACCAGAGCGGCCGGGAGGUAUCUGGCAGGAGGGCUCUGCAGUGGUGUGAAGAAAUAGGAGCAGAGUACUUUGAAGGAAGUGCCAAAGAAGAUCUAGGCGUACAGAAGCCGUUUCUGAGGGCGGCUCAGAGAGGCAUACAACAGUACAAAAAACACACAUUGGAAAAUACAGGACAUUUCCAGAUAACCUGCAAACAGCCGACAGAAACUCGCAACACCUGUGAGUGCUGAGAGCAGCACUCGUCCCAGUGUGGGAGGGAAAGUUCAGAGAGACCUCGGCACUGCUGAUGAUGACCUAUCUAACGAGGGUGCAAAAAUAGUGACCCAGCAAAGGUACUAUGGAAGGAAAGGACACAAUUGUAUACCACAUGGAGAGAGGAACAAACUCAUUAAAUGUUUUUUCUUUUUUUUGAGAACCUUCAGCUUAUGGUCUAACUUAAGGCAUCACUACUAAAAUACACUGCUUUUGCAUGCA